CAUGUCUAGUGAGGUUGUAUUUAAGGAGCAUGGAGGGAGGUUCAACUUUAAGUUGGAGAGAAAAUAUUAUAAAUCAAAUACAAAAUCGUAACAAGGAACAGCUAUUUAAAUUUCAGGAUCUCAUUACAUCACAUAACCGACUUUUUGAUAACCACAAUGCCUUGCGACACGAAAAUCUUCAGCUUUCCAUUCAGAAUGAGAAACUACGGUCUGAAGGAGCUGUUAUCCACCAUGGGAACGGGAACGUAUCAAUACUUGAAAGUAAAUUAUUGGCACAACAGGAAGAGUUGACAGAGCUUCAUAAAAAAAGGGGGGAAAAUGCUCAAAUGCUGAUAGAUUUAAAUAAAAAACUACAAGAAAAGGAAAAGAAAUUACAAAUGGUCGAAGAGAGUUUAGCUGAAAGAACUGCCACGAAUAAUAGUUUAAAUAAGGAAAUAGAAAGGUACAUAACGCACAAAACAGAACUAGAAAAAGUUAAUCAGCAUCUAAGAGAUGAGCAUCAGGCACUUCAACUAGCCUUUUAUCACUUAGAAGAAAAGUUACGAAAAGCUCAGGAAGAAAAUUCAAAACUUGUUGAUCAGAUAAUGAAAUAUAAAUCUAAAACAGCAGAAAAAAUGAAUGAAGAAAAUGAAAAUUUCUUAAGAAAAUGCAAUCUUAAGCUACAAAGAGAGUUGGAAGAUGCUGCAAAAGAUAUGAAAGGUAUAAAUUUUGAUGCUAUUCCAGAGGAUGGGCCAAACAUGCAGAGGUCACAAGUUCCGUCCAAAGCUGCCGUCGUCUUUGAUGCGCAUGACGGUGUAGCUAGUGCUGUUCAAUGGGGGCCAGUAGAUAGAGUUAUCGCGACCGGUGGUGAAGAUAGAAAAGUGAAAUUAUGGGAUGUUUCGAAAGGGAAUCCGGAAAAUCGUGGUGUGUUAGGUGCCAGCAAUGCCGGUGUAAUGUCAGUUCACUUUGACAAUACAGGAACAUACAUUCUUGCUGCUUCCAACGAUUAUGCUGCACGCGUCUGGACUGUCAAUGAUCAACGUUUAAGGGUCAUGACUGCAUUGUUAUUUCUGAACUUCAUUGACAUCAAAUUUGAUAUCUCAGACAACCUUCAAGUUGGAUUUUGA